GAGCGGCCGACGCCAUUGGGCCCGGGAGCGAAAGAAGGCGGGCCGCUAUAAACUCGCCUUAUAGGGCAGAGGAGGAGCCGGGCGGCUGAAGAGCUGCGCCUUUCGCCGGCCGAGGAAAGAGCUGGAAGGUUUGCCGAGGACUUCAGUCCAACCAAAGUCGCACCGCCCGUGAGGGGAAAAAACAAAACAAAACAAAAAGCCGAAGGGUCCCAACCUGGAGAGGCUGCGCCUGCCGCGUAAUUACGCACCGCUUCCAAGAGUGGCGCUUUAGUGCCAGGUGCUGGGCUGCUCCCUUAAGUUUUUCUUGAGUGGUGACUGGAAGAUUCUACUGUCAAGGUUCCUUUUUUGACAUUUUUCAAAGCCAACUUCCCAUCAUCUUGUUUUUUCCUCAUCACCGUCUCUGGCAUUGAGUGAUGUCCACGGCUGCCUUGAUCGGUCUGGUUCGGAAUAGAGGCCAGCAGCUGCAGAGGGCCCUGCUUACCUCUUGUGCAGUUCUCGGCUCCAAGUGCCAAAUUUCCACCAACGACUGCAGGGCUUCGCGUUUCGAUCUGGAUGGGAGCGGCUGCCCUGCCACCUGGGAUUCCUUUGGGAUUUGGGACAACCGCCUGGACGAGCCCAUCUUGCUCCCGCCCAGCAUCAAAUACGGGAAGCUGAUUCCCAAGGUCAGCCUGUCGAAUGUGGGCUGCGCCACCCACAUUGGGAAACGGAAGGAGAACGAGGACCGUUUCGAUUACGGCCAGCUGACGGAGGAGGUCCUGUAUUUCGCCAUUUUCGAUGGGCACGGCGGGGUGGCGGCAGCUGAUUUCUGCAACAAGUACAUGCGGAAAUAUAUUCGAGAAUUUCUCUCUGAGGAACGCAACAUGGAAUUAGUAUUGAUUAAAGCUUUUUUAGAAAUAGAUAAAGCAUACAUGAGACAUGCCCACUUAUCUGCAGAUGCUACCUUGCUGAACACCGGCAGCACAGCAACGGUGGCUCUGCUGCGAGAUGGCAUUGAGCUGGUGGUAGCCAGUGUGGGCGAUAGCCGUGCGCUGUUAUGCCGCAAAGGAAAAGCUGAGAAACUGACCAUUGAUCAUACUCCAGAACGGAAGGAUGAGAAGGAAAGAAUCAAGAAAUGUGGUGGUUUUAUCGCCUGGAACAGUUUGGGGCAACCCCAUGUGAAUGGCAGACUUGCAAUGACCCGUAGCAUUGGAGAUUUGGAUCUUAAGAAAUGUGGUGUGAUUGCAGAACCUGAAACGAAACGGGUGCAGUUGCACCAUACAAGUGACAGCUUCUUGGUCCUGACCACAGAUGGCAUCAACUUCAUGGUAAACAGCCAAGAGAUCUGUGAUUUUGUUAACCAGUGCCAUGAUCCAACUGAAGCAGCUCACAUCAUCACUGAGCAGGCUAUGCAGUACGGGGCAGAAGAUAACAGCACCGCGAUUGUAGUGCCAUUCGGAGCAUGGGGCAAAUACAAAAACUCUGAGAUCAAUUUUUCCUUCAGCCGCGGUUUUGGUUCAAGUGGAAGAUGGGCAUGAGUGUCUUCUGUGCCAAGCUGCUGAAUGUUUAAAGAUGUAGAUUGCAGAAAGGUGAUAUGUAGGUUAAAAAAAAAAAAACACCUCCAUCUCUUCUAACAACAGGCCCUUUCUUGUUGGGUAGCAAACUGCUGUUAACUUGAUGUCACCUCUGUCUUUGUUACUAGCUUUUCUCAAACCAAGCAUUCUCACACCUUCGGUCCUUCUGCGGGAGCAAGAUGCUGAUAUUUUUGUGGCUUCCUGUCAUUGUGGUAUCACCUGUUUCUCCUGAUGUUCUUGAGAUGUUUUAGAGAAACGAAGGAAUGUGGCAGGUGGAAGCAGACUGCACAGCACUGCAGUUGGUGAACCAAAGGAAAAGAAAAAUAGCAUUUUAUCUCCUUCGCUAUUCCACCCACAGAAAAGGAAAUUCAAAGACUGCUAGAAGGGUGGAGAAUUGAGAGGUGGGUUUAAUUGCUAGUUCACCAUCACUGUCAGAUCGGGAUUAGAAUGGUUCAAUUCUAUAAAAGCAGCACUUUGGUCUCAGGACUGAUAACGAUUGUCCAGAGGCAGAGAUAUAUAACUAUGCACUUCCUGUACUGAUGCCCCCGCUUUUUUGAGAAGCAGAGAAAGAGAGUUGUACACUUAGUUAAACAUUUGCAUUUUGUCUAAUGUAUAACUCGAGAUACACUAUAGCUCUUGAAACAGUACUAACCAGGAUAUGCUACGUUAGUAUGUCUUCUAAAAAAUAUCAAAUGAAUUCUGUUUUUUCCCCUUUAAAGGGGCCAGUGCUGACCCCCCCCUUUUAUUUUUAAAUGUUCCACAUUGGCUAAUGUUAAAUUCCUUCUCUAAGUAAGAAUGCACAGCUUUAAUGCAAUUAAUUUUGGUGAUGAGAUUAGUUUGGUUUGUUUCACAGUUGAGAAGAAGAUGAGCAAAACCCACUCGGUUUUCUAGGUUCUGGCUAAUGAAAGAACAUAGUCUAAUAGUCUGCUUAGAAUUGUCCCCAACUUUUAUCUAAAGUAAAAAUUGGAGGGAAAUGAAAGUUGUUUCAGAGAGGCUAGUAAAAUAUUUUCACAAGAUUCUAUCCCUCCGCAUUUUAAAAUCCAGCUGUGAAGGGAACAAAUCGGUGUGUUAUCCAGCAAUUGAAGUACAGUAAUUGAAGUAAAAGCAAGGUUAAUUCCACGGCACAGGCGUCUUUCAAUUCCUCUGGGGAACCUUCUCCAAGUUUCUGCCCUUUCAAUGCUGGUGGGGAGGCCGCUGAUAACACCCAUUUGAUUGGGAAUUUCAGGAGGUUUAUUACCUACCUGAGAAUAUCAGGUGGAACAAAGAGCAGAAGUACUGGUGUUAAAAAUCUAUUUCUAAAUCUGAAAUUGUUUAUCUCAAUGGUGAGAUCUCAUGACAGUGCCAAAAUAUCCUGCAUUCUUGCCGAGCAAGAAAACUGCAGCUUCAUAAGAUUUGAUGAUCUUAGAAGCUUCCAGCUUUUGGGGUGGAAAAAUCCAAUGAAUCUUGAAACUCCCCUAAUUUAGGCCAGCGCCACCUACGUAUGUUGUGAGUGUUAUAUUACUGAUGGAUACUGAAUUUCCAGUCCCCGUUAAUAUGUUUGUACGCACAAGGUGUGAGAAUUCAGGAGGCCUCCUGAGUCCUAGAUAUCCUCGAGAGAGCAAAUGAGGAAACCUUUGUCAUGACCUCAUUGGACAAAUGUGAUUGGCAUCAAUCCGGGGACAGAUACAAAUUACACAACAUUGUUGUAGGAUGGUGUUACAAUGCCCUUCGUAAUGUUAUUGCGACUUCUGAUAGAUGACUGUGGCUGCAGGAUAAACAUUGGGAGUGUUUCCUUGGACUCAAAGAGAAAUAAUAUUAAAUGAAAAUGCAAUACUCACCUUCCCCUGCACAGAGUUACUUCACAUCUAGGAAUCAUAGCACUCAGCCGUUUAGUUGAACCCUGGUCACAAUGUGAAUGAUGGACUUACACAACUGCAUAUCUAAACCUGUAGCACCAAAAGCCACUUUGGUGUCAAUCAUUCCAACGCUGCCUCUCUCCAUUUGCCUGUUUGUAACUGAUCCUUUGAACUUGUGAAAGACUGCAGAGAGCGUCCCCCCCCCCCAGCUAUUCUGUUUUUUUGUCUGCUGUAAAUUUUUAUUUGUAUUCCAUACGCACAAUUUCUAUAAUAUGAUUAUAUAGACUUUAAAAGUUACGUUUAGCAAUUGUGUACCCUUUAUCGGUUGCUAUCAUUUAAGACACUAAAGUAGUGUAUAUUGAUGUUAAAAAACAUUUUGUUCUUCCUGGGUUAUUAUUUUGUUUUAAAAGGGCUUUUGUUUUGUUCAUGUUUGCUACAAUAAAAACACCAUCUCUUCCUGUGGGCUAAAACAGGCAUGCAGUCAGAAUUGUCAUCAUUAUAUAACAUAAAUAUAUGAUGUAAAUAAAAUGUACUUCCGGAUAAAGAAGCAGCUUUGGCCAUGAUUCAGCUCCUUUCUUUUAGAAAAAAAACAACAACACUCAAUAGCAGCAGCUCAUAAAAGAAAAGGAAGAUAAUAAUUACCAAAGGCAGGGAAAGCAUUAUGUCCCUGUGCCCACAAAGUACAUGCCAUUGCAGAAAAAUGGAAUUUUUUCCUCCAGAGCACAAUAGAAAGGAGUUAAAUUCUCUCCCCAUUUCUGUUCUAAUCUUAGUUAUCCUGUCCUAGAUAUCCAUUCCUUCAGCUGACAUUGCUGGCGUAUUUUUUUUAAGUUGCAGCAAUAAACACAAGGACAUACAGAUUAUCUCCUUUGGCACUCAUAAAUCUAGUAAUAAAGGGAAUCUCAAUCAGGAAAUUCAUAAAUCUAAUAUUUAUAUAUAUUUUUAAAGACACAAUAUAUUAAAAGGAGAUGUGUGUGUAGGUCUCUGUAUUGUAUAACUGAAAUCUGAAAUUGGUUAGGAAAAAAAUUGUAGAAUUUUCAAAGAAAUUACUUGAGACUGUGUUUGAAAGCAUCAAGGCACUAAACUAAUUGUAGCCCUUUUUAGCGACAAGAAGUCCAGGUUUGGAAGAUGCAAUUGUUUGCUUCCUGUUGUGGAUUGCAAACAAGAUUUAUCAAACAUCUGAGUUACAGGAAUAAUUGCCCCCAUCCAGCUUAGAAUAUUACAGAUUGAAGACAUUUAUUAUCCUGCAACCCUUAUGGAUCUGGUGAUUGUUCAGUAGACACGGAAUUGAAUUCAGUUGCCAUUUCCUUUGUAAACAGGAGAAACUGGAGGGUGGUAUAGAUAGAACUACCAAUUGUUUGGAUGGUUUACCUGUGUGGCUGGUUUACCUGUGAAGUCAGUAUGCUAUCACCGGUUCAUUCAAAGUGUGUUUGGUAUCAGAUGGCCGAGUGAAAGUUACCAUAUGUUUAUAUUCUUCAGUUCCAGCAUAUUUAAGUUGCAUAAAUUUAGGAAAGGGAAUAGGCAAACCAGCUGUGAUUUAGGAAAGGAAGUUUAGAUUUGUUCUGACACUCAGUUUAUUGAUCCCAAACAAUAGGUAAUUUUCCCACCACAUUGAAUGCGCUGUAGGGAAAAUUUCUCAAGGUUAUUAAACUGCAGUGCCUCCUUCACAGAAGGAAACAAUGAUUAGGAAAGGAUUACUGUUCCUGAAAUAUCUAGAAAGGUUUAGCAACCUGGCACAUAAAAAUUACUUUAAAAAAAAAAUACUAAAGUGCGCUUCUUUAAAUCACUAUGCAUUUCUGUUUUAGGAAGCAUGUGAAAAUGUACACUUGGCAAUCCAGAUUGCUGGGAGAGGUGUUGAAAUGUAUGGCAUAAGAUAUGUGUGGGCCUUAGCUGCCGUAUUUCUGCAGGAUGUAAGACGGGAAAUGAUGAUUGUGGUGAAAGUCCCACAAAUGUUUAUAAGAAUAUACUUAUUUCUUAGGCUUAUUUAUUCUUUUGUUGGCACGAUAUGCUUCCUUUCAGUUUUAUUUCCAAUGAAGCAGAGUUGCAGUGCAUGUUCUUGUAUGUGUCACCCCUGGAAGCAAUUUCCAAAGGAGCUGCCCAGGCCUUGCAAAAGAUACGACUGCUUUAACGAUGCAAAGCAAAGAGCUUUGUUCAUGCCCUCAUGCAUGACACCGUAUUUCCUGGCUGCUUUUCAUCAUCAUUUAUUGUUUGGAUUGAAGGCCAAGAGUGUGUCCAAAAUACCAGUAUUGUGAUAAAAUAUGUACAUAUUUUGAAGAAGUGUAAAGAUGACUGGGCUUGUUAUUUCAUUUUCACUGGUUUAUUUUACAACUGUAUAUUUGUCAUGGAGCAAAUGGAAGGACUGAAAACAUUUGAAAUAAAGAGCUUGCUCCC